CAUUAGGUAUGGCUAACUAGGACUGCAAUAGAAUGUUGGAUUUCAUAUAGGGAGAAGGAUAAAGAUAGAUAACUGCGAUAAGAAGUAAUUACAAAGAAUAUAAUUAAAAAUAAGAGGAAUUAGGAGGAUAAUUAAGGUCCAUGAGAAGGAAGAGGAGAUCUGAUAGAUGUCGGAAGAGGGUAUGAGAGAGUAAUCACUUAAUCAAUCCGGUAUUUCUAUUUAGAAUUAAAUUGAUAAGAAGUUCAAGAAAGGUACUAAACUUCCCAAUGAAGGAUUGAAUUAACUGAUAGAGGAGAAUCUCUUAAAUACAGAUAGGAUGAAGAAUCAUGAAAUUCAAGGUCUAGACGAGGAAAGUGUUACAAGAGAUAUCUAGAAUGUCACCCCUUAGGCGGCGAUUGACAAUGAUGAUCCUAUGGAUAUCUCAAAACCAAGGAUAUAUUAGUACAUUCCAACUAUUAAAAUAAAUAGUUUGAUGUAAUAGAGGAUAAAUUAAGUAACCCAUUAAAUCUUAUUAGAGAGAUAAAAAUUUAUGAUUAAAGGCAAAAGGAUUU